AUGAACUGCAACACAUUUAUUAAAAGAGGACCAAUGUCACAAGCUAUAUGCGUCCUUUUAACGACACUUACAUAAUUUAAUUAAUUUCGACAAAAUUCAUUACUUCAAUGAACUCAUUUUAACAUUUUUUAAAUAAAAAACUUUAAAAAACCAUUUAUUUUCUCAAAUACCAAAAAAGAAAAAUCACAUAAUUUUGUGAGGCAAAGAUUUGAGGGUUCUUUCUCAACGAAAAGUACCAGUGAUGUUUCAGAGGUAAAAAUUGAAGCUUUUUUCUUCUACUUACUAGAUCGGGAUUCAAGUUUUGGAGCUAAGAUUCAAAAGGGGUUGCGUUGAUCUGCAUCAAGAUGCUUAAUUUGCUUUGAAAAAUUCAUUUUUUCUACCUGAUUCAGCUUUUGAGAUGAACCAGUUAGUUGAAAGUUCUCAAAGGGUCUCUAGAGUUCAAGCUCCACUGGUGGACUCUGUUUCAUGCUACUGUAAAGUAGAUUCGGGACUGAAAACAGUAGCCGGGGCAAGAAAAUUUGUUCCAGGAUCAAAGAUAUGUAUCCAACCCGACAUAAACCCGAAUGCACACCGAAACAAAAACUUGCGUAGAGAAAAGACAAGAGUUCAGCCUCCUCUGCUACCUGGUCUUCCUGAUGAUCUUGCUAUUGCUUGUUUAAUUCGUGUACCUCGAGUUGAGCAUAGGAAACUGCGUUUGGUUUGCAAGAGAUGGUAUCGCCUUUUAUCUGGAAAUUUCUUUUAUUCGCUCAGGAAAAGUCUUGGAAUGGCAGAAGAAUGGGUGUAUGUCAUCAAAAGAGACCGUGAAGGAAAAAUUUCAUUGCACGCUUUUGACCCCAUCUACCAAAUAUGGCAAUCCCUUCCGCCCGUUCCUGGGGAAUAUUCUGAAGCUUUGGGAUUUGGUUGUGCUGUUCUUAGUGGUUGCCACUUGUACUUGUUUGGUGGAAGAGAUCCAUUGAAAGGAUCUAUGAGGCGUGUCAUUUUCUACAACGCUCGGACAAAUAAAUGGCAUAGAGCACCUGAUAUGCUGCGGAAACGUCAUCUGUUUGGUUCUUGUGUGAUAAAUAAUUGUCUCUACGUUGCUGGCGGGGAAUGUAAAGGAAUUCAAAGAACUCUUCGGUCUGCUGAAAUUUAUGACCCUAACAGGAACAGGUGGAGCUUUAUCUCUGAGAUGACCACUGCUAUGGUUCCCUUUAUCGGUGUUAUUCAUAAUGGCACUUGGUUUUUGAAGGGGCUCGGGUCUAAUCGCAAUGUCAUAUGUGAAUCUUAUUCACAGGAAACCGAUACCUGGACUCCUGUAAGUAAUGGAAUGGUCAACGGAUGGCGUAAUCCGAGCAUCUCACUAAAUGGUCAACUCUACGCACUUGAUUGCCAAGACGGCUGCAAGCUCAAAGUAUAUGACGGGGCGACGGAUUCAUGGAAGAAGUUUAUCGAUAGCAGGCUUCAUUUAGGUAGUUCUCGUGCUCUUGAUGCUGCUGCUCUUGUUUCCCUUAACGGAAAGCUAUGCAUUAUCCGCAACAAUAUGAGCAUCAGUCUAGUGGAUGUUUCGAGUCCAAACAAACGUGUCGAAAGCAAUCCUCACCUUUGGGAAAAUAUUGCUGGAAAGGGUCCUGUCAGGUCUUUAGUUAGAAAUUUAUGGUCGACUAUCGCAGGACGCAGUGGUUUGAAGAGUCACAUUGUUCACUGUCAAGUUCUUCAAGCCUGAGAUAUCAACAAGUUCUCUGGUAAGAUUGGUUACAAAGUUAAGGAAAUUAUUGGUUUCAGCUUAUGUUUUGUAAAGAUGAAGAUUUUGGGAAUAGAAUUGAGGACACUACUUCUCAGUCAUGAAUAGGGAGCAUAUAUUGUAAAUGUUGUUUCACUCUAAGGCUCUGGCUUUUCUUUAGUUACAAUAUAUAUUUAGGUUUUUAAGCCAUGCAUUGAUGUUGUAUAUGAAUUAUUGAAAACAACAGCAUAUCACAGUUGUAUCUUUAGUCGAGUUUAUUUACUUCAGUUAGUAGGGGGAAAGAGUAUGUCAGAUCCCAUGUUCCAGUUUGAAGACUAUAAAUGUGAACUUUGAAUUACUGAAGAAAUUUCCACGAACCUUAAGAAAUAAGUAGACUAUUUAUGAUUGUUGUAAUUUUUGGUCUCAAACUCAAUCAUCAGUUGUUUGCUUGAUUAUGAAGCCAUUUUGUGAUCUUCUCUCAUUCAA